UUUCAUUUUCGACGUCGUUGUUUUAUUAUUAUUUUUCUCCUCACAACGGGCUUUCUGUGCCUCCGGCAAAGCGCACUGCUCAGUUCGGCCAGCAAAAGGCCACAGGUCAAUGAUCGAAGAAUUUUGGAAAGCAAAACAGCGAAUGUUUUGCCUGGUGCUAUGCCGCCUCUCAUGCAAAAUACUGCAGCGAAAGCAGCUGAAACUAAGGAAAAUUCGCCGGAUAUUCACUUGUUUUCCCAGACAAAUCGGCCAACAUUGACGAGCCUGGUUCAUGAGCAUUUCAAGGUUUCAUCAUCAGCGGAAGGCGAGCAGAAACCGAUGGUUGUUGACAACAACGAGCAAAACAUUAUUGCGGUUGUCCUGGUAAUUGCUGCGAAGAGGGACCUUGCUAUUAAAAAUCAUUUACAACAACUGAUAAAAUUGCGUCCAUCAGCAUCUCAGUUCCCGAUCAUUGUGAGUCAGGAUGGUGGUACACAAAGCGUAACGGAAGUAAUAUCGAAAUUCGUUAACGAGAACAGCAAAAUCAGCUUCAUUCAUCACAAGGAGCAAGCGAAGCCUCCUGCCGGAAUUGGAGCACAGAGUUAUUUUUAUAUUGCGCAACAUUAUAAAUGGGCGCUCAAUAAAGUUUUCUUCGAAAUGCACUACAAGACGGUAAUUAUCACUGAAGACGAUCUUGACAUAGCCGAUGAUUUUUUCUCCUACUUCACUGCUUUAAAACCGGUAUUGAUCGCUGAUCCAACAGUUUGGUGUAUCAGUGCUUGGAAUGAUAACGGAGGCGCAAAUAUCACUGAAAGGAAACACAGCGAGCAACUGUACAGGACAGAUUUUUUCCCCGGACUUGGUUAG